GCGAAACUGUAGUGUUCAGGACGAGAAGUGUCCCACCCGCCCAGCAGUUCAUCUAUUUAUUUAUUUAUUUAUCAUUUCACCGCAAUGACCCGCUGGAUUCCAACUAAAAAAGAGAAAUAUGGCGUUGGUAAGUUAGACAACUAUGUCGUCUUGUUUACAAUUGGGUUAUAGGCUAUUACAUUUGGAAGUUAUGUAGCUAGGAAGCUUUAGGAAAAGGCGAAGUUAAGCUACCUUGACUGUCACACAUGUUGCUUUGGAAUCACUGAAAGAAAGUGAACGUUGAUUAGACGUAAAUACGUUUGGUCAGCGUGUGCUCUUAUGCAGUAACAAUCCGUAAAUCGAGUGGUUUGACUCGAAAGUGAGCCUUGCUACACGUUGUGCGUAAAGUUUGUGUGAUAGACAGCUGAAACUUUCUUGCUGUCCUAUACUGUAGCCUUAGCAUAAAUGUAGGCCUAUAGUUGGAAAUUUGUAAGACAUUGUGAUUUUAACAUAUCAUGAAAAAAAAACAAGUCGCGUAGCCUACAUGAGUCACUUUAGUUCAGGCAUACUGUGUGUAUGUGGAUACACGCCCUCAAGGUAAAUCAAAACGAAUGGGGAACCAUUUCAGAGAGUAUGAUGACGUCAGUAGGCCUAUAAUAUCGCAAUUGGGUACCUGUUGUUUUUGUAUUUAACCAGAAAAAGGCAAUUGGGACUCUUUUGCAACCUGGACCAGGGGUGCGUUCAGUAUGUUUUUACGAUUUGGAACGGUGCUGUACUGAACAACCAGUUGAAAAACGGGGAUGGGUUGGUUGGGCAACGCUAUUAGCAUGGCCAUUGCUCUUUAAAAACGUCACUCAUUGUUUCAAGCCACACCCACCAAACGGGAGCACACGUACCUAAAAAAAAUCAGUGUUCAAGAACGAUUUGUGGAAAUGUGUCGUUCAGUACAAACCAUUCCGCAACGUAGCAAACGUUCAAGCGAACUGAACGCACCUCUGGCCAAGAAGGCAGCAGCAAUCAAUACAUCACACAAUUUAAAAAUCAUACAUUACAAUCAGCAACAACUCGAUCCAGCCUACAGGAAAUAUUAACACUACUCCUGUCUUGUACCAAACGAGUCUUGUACCAAAGUUUUAAACACAUUGAGGGGCAAUACAUUUAGGUUCUUUGGUUGAUAUCACUGUAUCAAGCAAUAACACAUUUCAUAGAUUCUUACAAAAACAUGUGGAAAUUAAUCAAAUAAUAUAAUCUGGUUGUUUUUCCUCCAUUGUUUACAAAACAUUGAUGUGUAAAUAUAAUAGUUCUACAGAUAUCUGGAUUUAGCAGGACAGAAAAUAACCCUAAUGUACAGUAUGUUAAUUUUGUUCUGACACUAAUUUGGGUUUAAAUUUUGUUUGAACAUGGAUAUUGGCAUCAUUAUAAAAACAACAAUAUUCUAGUAAGGAAUGCCCUUGACUCAGCUUGCCAGCCCCCAAAGUAGCUAGCAUACCUCUGUGGAAUGUUGUGUUCAAGUUCCUGUUCAUCUUUUGCUAUGUUUGGUAAAGACCACAGACAGACAUGUCAUUUUUGCCAGGGCACUGAAGUCAUACUUUGUAUUGUUGCUGUUCCACUAAAUGUUUUCCCCAUUUUGAACAUGACAGAUGACUCCAUGCAACUGGGUAUCGGUUUGUUCUUAUUUGGGUAGAUACAGUUUGAAACAGACACUACCUUUAGUUAUGUUUGUGUAAUGCUGAUACAAUCAGAACAUCCUUGAAGCUUGUUGUGUCCAUUGCUGCUAAACCCUAGUAGUAUUUGAAAAUAAGACAUAUCCCUCACUCAUAGAGUAGCCUAAUGUCUGUGAUACAUUUACUUGUAUUUCAAAUGUAGUCUACCAAUUUGUACAUUUGUAAUCAUCAAGAUGCCAGUGAUAGUGUAGAGGAUGUCAUUGCUAUAGAAUGAAAAAUUAGACAAUUUAUUGAUAUAAAUGGACUAUCAACACUCAUCAGAGCACACACAUUUCAGACAAACAAACAGGUGUAAUGGGUUCGUACUCAAAAUGAUGUCGCAUAAAGCUUACGUCAUUAUUCAAUGUUUACAAUUAUUUUCACUGCAUCACGGAUAGCGUACACAGACGUUUCGGCUUUACAGCCUUCUUCAGUGUGUAGGUACAAUCAUGAAAAAAAAAUCUAAACAGCAUUAGUAAAGAACAACAGAUGAGCAGCAGGUGCUUCUAAUGAGGGUUGUCACUCAUCUGCCAAUCAGGGAUGUGGCUUUUCUGGUCUACCUGUAUACAAAUUAGUCACAAAGAAAUACAGAAUUAUAGGGUAUGGGAUCGGGCACGGAGGGCAACUCACAAAUCAAUCGCCCCAGGUUUCCGCUCACCUAAAUACAUAAUAUCAAUUAAUGAGAUAGUCCACCACAAAGGACAUCAGGCAAAGCCAUUCAUAAAUAUAUGGGGCCAACUCAUAAAUGAAAUGUGAAAUCUGAUAUGGACAGUGUUCUUGUAUAACAGUCUAAAUGUGGCUUAUAGGAAGGAGGUGAAAUCUAAUUAUUUGUUUAAACUGUGUGGAGAUACAGAAUUUAAUUUAUAUAUCCACAUGGCUUCUCUUUGGAGUAAUUUGUUGUCAUAGUCAGGUCCUCUAUGUGGUGGAUGAACUUUUUCGAUCCCGAAGCAGCGCAAUUCAUUAACAUAAUUAUUUUGUUCUAUGAAGUGUCUUGCAACUGGCGAGGUGAUAUCUUGAUGUCUAAUAGUGGAUUUAUGUUCUCCAAGAUUACUUUCAAGGCACGGGAUGUUUUUCCAAUAUAAAUCUUAUUACAAGAACACUGUAACAUAAAGAACUCCUUUUAGUAGUGCAAGUUAUACAUUACUUUAUCUCAUAGAUCCUAGUUGUCUGAGGGCAUGCAAAGUUAGAACAUUUCCUUAUGGUGCUACAAGAGGUACAAGCUCUACAGGGGAAGCAUCCUUUCAUGAAUGCCUAUUUUCUCUCUCUGACCACAUCUGAUUUUAACCAAUAUGUUUGAUAGAUUUAUUGAUCGUUUAUAGGUGAAUAAAGGUGGAUUCUGGAAGGCAGAAUUUAAAGAGGAGUCUGAUGAUAAUAUGUGCCAAUGUUUAUUGACAAUAGACUUGAUGCCAUUACGGCUAUCAUUGAAAGUAUGUACAGUGGGGGAAAAAAGUAUUUAGUCAGCCACCAAUUGUGCAAGUUCUCCCACUUAAAAAGAUGAGAGAGGCCUGUAAUUUUCAUCAUAGGUACACGUCAACUAUGACAGACAAAUUGAGAGAAAAAAAAUCCAGAAAAUCCCAUUGUAGGAUUUUUAAUGAAUUUAUUUGCAAAUUAUGGUGGAAAAUAAGUAUUUGGUCACCUACAAACAAGCAAGAUUUCUGGCUCUCACAGACCUGUAACUUCUUCUUUAAGAGGCUCCUCUGUCCUCCACUCGUUACCUGUAUUAAUGGCACCUGUUUGAACUUGUUAUCAGUAUAAAAGACACCUGUCCACAACCUCAAACAGUCACACUCCAAACUCCACAAUGGCCAAGACCAAAGAGCUGUCAAAGGACACCAAAAACAAAAUUGUAGACCUGCACCAGGCUGGGAAGACUGAAUCUGCAAUAGGUAAGCAGCUUGGUUUGAAGAAAUCAACUGUGGGAGCAAUUAUUAGGAAAUGGAAGACAUACAAGACCACUGAUAAUCUCCCUCGAUCUGGGGCUCCACGCAAGAUCUCACCCCGUGGGGUCAAAAUGAUCACAAGAACGGUGAGCAAAAAUCCCAGAACCACACGGGGGGACCUAGUGAAUGACCUGCAGAGAGCUGGGACCAAAGUAACAAAGCCUACCAUCAGUAACACACUACGCCGCCAGGGACUCAAAUCCUGCAGUGCGAGACGUGUCCCCCUGCUUAAGCCAGUACAUGUCCAGGCCCGUCUGAAGUGCAUUUGGAUGAUCCAGAAGAGGAUUGGGAGAAUGUCAUAUGGUCAGAUGAAACCAAAAUAUAACUUUUUGGUAAAAACUAAACUCGUCAUGUUUGGAGGACAAAGAAUGCUGAGUUGCAUCCAAAGAACACCAUACCUACUGUGAAGCAUGGGGUUGGAAACAUCAUGCUUUGGGGCUGUUUUUCUGCAAAGGGACCAGGAUGACUGAUCCGUGUAAAGGAAAGAAUGAAUGGGGCCAUGUAUCGUGAGAUUUUGAGUGAAACCCUCCUUCCAUCAGCAAGGGCAUUGAAGAUGAAAUGUGGCUGGGUCUUUCAGCAUGACAAUGAUCCCAAACACACCGCCCGGGCAACGAAGGAGUGGCUUCGUAAGAAGCAUUUCAAGGUCCUGGAGUGGCCUAGCCAGUCUCCAGAUCUCAACCCCAUAGAAAAUCUUUGGAGGGAGUUGAAAGUCUGUGUUGCCCAGCGACAGCCCCAAAGCAUCACUGCUCUAGAGGAGAUCUGCAUGGAGGAAUGGGCCAAAAUACCAGCAACAGUGUGUGAAAACCUUGUGAAGACUUACAGAAAACGUUUGACCUGUGUCAUUGCCAACAAAGGGUGUAUAACAAAGUAUUGAGAAACUUUUGUUAUUGACCAAAUACUUAUUUUCCACCAUCAUAUGCCAAUAAAUUCAUUAAAAAUCCUACAAUAUGAUUUUCUGGAAUUUUUUUUCUCAUUUUGUCUGUCAUAGUUGACGUGUACCUAUGAUGAGAAUUACAGGCCUCUCUCAUCUUUUUAAGUGGGAGAACUUGCACAAUUGGUGGCUGACUAAAUACUUUUUUUCCCCACUGUAUAUAGUUUACAGAAAACUGUUUCUUCUGUUUUUGUUGGGAUUUAUUAAGUAACUGGCUUCUGUUCAAGCUUUUAACUUGUGUUUGAGCUUAAUCAAGCCAGGUAUCGGGGAAUCCUCUCAAGCGAAAAUGCUCAAGGAGGGAAUUUGAUUGUCUAUCAUAUUCUUCCUCUGUGUCGCAGAUGCGACUCAGUCUAUGAAGUUGGCUUACUGGUAAACCUCUUUGUAGAGGAAGGGGGUGAUAACUAUCAGCUGUCAAUAUAGUAUUUUUAUCUGUAGGUUUUCUGUAAACUGUAGUACUUAGAGAUUGUCCCUUCUUUGUAACAAGUACAUCUAAUAAAUGUAUAGAGUUAAUGUUAUUUUCCAUAGUGAAGGAAAUUGAUUGUACUCUAGAGUUAUUGUAGUUAAGAAAUUCAUUUAAUUUAAUUUCGGAACCGGUCCAGAUCAUAAAGCAAUCGUCUAUAUAGCGGGUCCAAUAUUUAACAUGAUCUUUGUAAGGAUUAUUUACAUAAUUAAAAUAAAUUUGAAUUUCCCGACACGUAUUUCAAUCUGAUUAGCUCAGAUUAUAGAGAGCCGGUAGGAUUUUGACGAGAGGCUGUCUGUGUGUGUUGUUUAUAUGUAACCUGCCAGCCAGGGAUGUCACAGUUUGAGGCGCAAAACAGUGGGAAGGAGCUGCGCUAGUGAGCCGUGCUAAGGCACAGACAUAAGCGCUUAGCGGUGACAGUAUUGCUGCAUCACAACAUGCUUGGCUUGAUUUUUUUUUCCACUGGCAGAUCUCUGCUGUUGCCAGGCAUGGCCCUGGACACAGUCAAAACUAUGUCAAGUUGGUGAAACGGGCCAUUGUCACUCUCUGCAUGACCAGAGGGAGAUGUCAUUUCUUUGGUUCUUUUUUUUUUAUAUAAAGGCUAUUGUUUCUGAGUUGGCAGAGGGAGUUUUAAAGUGGAACUGACAGCAUUUUAGCAACAUGAAAUGUUAUUACACCCCCAGGAAGAAUGACACUUUUAAAAACAUUUUCUGACAAGCAAGCACUUACAUAUGGUAAUUUUCUAGUUUUCAUAAAUUAUUAGAAUGUUUGGGAAUUACAAAUACUAAAGCAUUUGUGGAAAUUCUUUAGCAAUAUAGAGUGGAAAAGUGGCCGUGCGUUUGGACAAUGAAUAGAUACUGCAGUAAAUAAAACCAAAUAAAAACAUGUCUCAUCCAGGACCGGAGUCUACUCAGACCGGUGCACCAUAGUCAACCAGACCACAGUAGGCCUUUAUGCAAACAAGCCAUUUACCACACAGGCCUGCCAUCAUUCACUUUGAACUGGACUGUGUGUUUACAGGCAGUUACAACAGCCCGACUUUAGAUCAUUAGAACGCAUUCACCAAAAGCCACAAAAUACACCUGAAUGGAUUUCUGCAAAUAUGUCAAUACCACGGGUGUCCUCUUACAUUUGGGAACGUUACAGUCCUAUUGAUCAAACAACCAUGAAAAAAAAAGAAGCUAUUACUUUUUUUGCCUACAUUUACUGACACCGGUCAUAUUUAGCGGAUGUUGCAAGUUCGUAAAUUCAUCAGUUAUUCUACGCUCUGGCACACUGACGAGAGUGCUCUGAAAUCAGUAGAUAUUGGGAGUGAAUUUUCGAACGCAAGAGAAAUGCUAACUGGAUAAGUCGUUCAAGUUCUUGCUAGCUAACCAAAUGACAUAGCCACUGAAAAACAAGGGGAAAAAGUCAGUCACUCACCCUCCAAUGACAUGACAUCCUCCUAGCAGCUAGCUAGCUAACGUUAGGCUCCGUGUUUUUAGCUUGCUACAUAAAUAUAUAUACUUGCCUAUUAGCCACGUUAUGACUUACUUGUGAUCAUUGCUCUUGCUAGUUUGAUUGUAUUGACAUUCCCAGCCUUAGUUACAUUCGUCCGUUUUUGUCCAAAAUAUUGAGUCAUUGAAACUGUAUCAGUGCAUCCUGAAUGGGGGCAGCUGCAAUAUUUCUUGGACUACCAAGAAAUGUAUUGGUGAAUUAUAUGAAUAAUGCAUUGAACUGCAUCCAUCUAUUCUGCCAACAAUGCCUUAGUGUAUGUCAUGGAAUGUUGAGUCAAAUAGAACCUAUUUUUAAAACCUCUUAUAAAGUUGGUUUUCUAGCAUAAACUGGGAAUUUGAUAUUUGACUGAUAUUAUGAUAUGUCAGUUUGUUUCAUAUCUACAAAGUAGUUAAAACGCUGUCAGUUCCACUUUAACUACGAAUAAGGAAAUGUUUUGAUGAGGUUUGAUGCCAUCCUGAAUUAUAUUAUUUCCAUCCUCUAUAGGCCUGAAUGGCACCACUCUCUGCUACAACAUGACUUAAGCCUAUCAGAUCUAAUUUGUGUUGUCCUAUGUAAUGUAAUGGUAAUGAGCGAUGUCAGAUAAUCUCAAUGUUGACAAAGCCAUACACAGCCAUGUGGAUGUUUUCUCUUGUCUUGUUGAUGUUCUAAUCUGGAUCCUUAUUGUUUGUUGAUAUUAGGUUCGUUGUUGUGUGCAGGAGGAUCACUGUACAACUGCACUAUGAAAAAAACGGUAUUUGUAGGUCUUUCAAAAGAUCAUAGUGGAUAAAGAUCAUCAUAGUGGAUAUAUAACUUUUCCAGAUCUACAUAUUCAAUUAAUACUAUUUGUUCUCACAGAACAAAGAGCAGUGAUGAAAACUCACCUAUUAAUUUGGAUUUAAGGGGAACUGCAAACUAUUAAAUGGGAAGGAUACAUAUGGAAAGGGAAGGAUGCUUAUGGAAAGUGCAUGUUCAGUUGUGAGGUAUUCAGAGGUGUGAUGAGCAGAGCCAGUUGAAGCGUGCAGUGAGAUCUAGCCUCCGGCAACAAGGAUUAUCACCAUGCAAGUCAGAACAGAGCUCCUCGCCUUGUUCCUGUUAUAGAGGGAAGAUAAUGCUGAGUACUAGGCUAUGAAAGUGUGUCUGCAAGUCAUGACAAGGAAGUGCGUGCGCGGAGAGAGCCAGAGGGGGAGAGAGAGAGAGCAUACUGUGCUGUGUGAAUUGUCUCCCACUCGUGUCCUUCAGAGAAAAGGAGGGAGGAGGGAGAGACGGAACCUUGUCCAGGAAGACACUUAAGUUAAAUAACUGAGGAGAAUCGAGGGGAGGGCACUGUGCUGACCCAGUUGGCUGCAGUAUGCCCUGUAUAAAGUGACCUUUAACCGACAGUCUCCUUUGUGAUUUAGAAAUAAAUAAUACAUGAUGUCAAGCCCCUCCUCUCACUCCACCUCCCUCAGUGUGGAUGUUGUAAUAAACCUGCGGGGGGAAAUUCCACUUACUCCACCCAACACAUAGCCUCAGGUAUUGAAAAAGAACAGGAAUAAUGUCAAUCAUCUCUUUAUUUAAAACGUGAGUUCAGGUUGAAUCCUAAAAUCCUAAUCAUGAAUAUAUGCACAUACUGUACAUGUAUUAGGAUAUAAUUUAGAGUAAAAUGAUGUUCCAAGAGAUUGAGGGCCCUUCUAUUAAAACUGGGUUUCCAGUAUACGGCCAACACCGAAUUCCUCUUGCACCACGAGAAUGCACCUGUAAAUUCAUUCAAUGCAUAAAACAAUGUUUACUCUUACUCAAACGUUCUUUUUCACAGUGCAAGAAAUACCUGACUACCAUAUACCUUUAUCAGAUGUUACCAGGGAAAAGGCCAAAGUCUAUAGGCUUUGCUAGGCUCUUCAUAUCAUUUUUCUGUUUUUACUUCCUGUAUCUUGAGCUUGCUGGGGAUUGUUGUUUUGUGUUUAUGUGCUUUCACAUAGUAAGACUGUCAUAAUAAGACUGUCUCUUUUUUCUCCCCCGCCUGUCAAUUCUCUCAGCAAUUUAUAACUAUGACUCCAGAGGCGAGCAGGAGCUGUCUCUCCAGGUGGGAGACACUGUACAUAUACUUGAGACAUUUGAAGGUGAGCAUGAACAGUCUAGCCUUACUCACAUACAACAAGCUGUCACACGCUAAGGAAAAGUUUGCAACACUCUGGAACUUUGUAAAACAUUGAACCAAGGCUGUGCUCAAUACCAGACAUGCAUUGAAAAUAAUCUGCAAUGUUUAAUGAAAUGCUCUUGAAAGAUAGAAGAGUCAAUAUCACCAUCUGUAUCUAGUUUGCCUUCUUCUCAUUGGUCUUAUCUCUGUUGUAUUUAUCCCUCCAUCUCUGUCAUAUCUCUAUAUCAAUCUCUAAUCUCCCCAGGCUGGUAUAGAGGUCACACAUUACGGGACAAAUCACAGAAGGUAUGGCAACCAUACAUCCUUUCAUAGUGUUUCAUUGAAAAAAGAAAAUAGUUUGAAGAAGAGGUUUACGUUUCCGUUUCAUCUCAUAGGGCAUUUUCCCAGCCUCGUACAUCCACCUGAAGGAGGCUAAAGUUGAAGGGACAGGGUAAGGUGUCACUCAUUUCAUGUCAUGUUAUUAGAAAUGCAUUGUAUUUGAUGGGAUAUCUGGUUAUUUCUUUCCUUCCCCCUUCAGCCAACAGGAAAUAGUUAUCCCAGGAGACCUACCAUUGGUACUGGAGCUCGGUGCCACUCUGAGGGAAUGGGCACAAAUAUGGCACAACCUUUAUGUGGUACGUGGAGAAUAAUGGUUUCUUAUCAAUCUCCCUACUUGCAUAUUUUUCACAUUAAAGAAUUCACUUGACCCUUAUACUGUUAUCACACUCACUCUGUUUGGAAAAGUGUGAUUCUGUAAGUCUGGGUGGCUGUGAUGAUGACUGUUUGUUUGACAGAACAACAAGACAACUCUGUUCAGGAACGUACAGCAGAUGGCCUACUGCCUCAUCGAGUAUAGAUCUCAGAUAGUGUCGGGAACAUUGCCCAAGGAUGACCUUGUGGAGCUCAGGAAGAAAGUCACAGCUAAGAUUGAUUAUGGAAACCGGUAUGAAUUGUACUCUACUUGAAUUGCAUUGUGACAUAAACGUGCUUGUAAAGUUUUAUGUGACUGAGUCAUUGUGCGAAGAAUAUGCCCUUAUAAAUCCGUCUAAAGCUAUAUUUGAUGCUUUCUGUACAGGAUUCUGGGUUUGGACUUGGUGGUGCGAGAUGACGCGGGGAACACUUUAGAUCCGGACUGCACCAGCACAGUCAGUCUGUUCCGGGCCUUUGAGACUGCAUCCCGCAGUAUAGAUGACAGAAUACAGGAGGAGAAGGCAUGGACCAGUGUUGUUUUUGUCGCUCAUUUGUCUCUAUGACUAAUACUGGUUGCGUAGUUAGCCCUGCCGGUGCGUUGUGUUUGUGCUCAUACAGUGUCUCUGUGGCCCUCUGUAGACCCGGCUGCAGAACCUGGAGAUGAGGCGCCAGUCCCUGUUCAGCACAGUGCACACCUACAGUCUCUUCGUGAACCUCAAGAACUUUGUGUGUAACAUCGGGGAGGAUGCAGAGCUGCUUAUGUCACUCUAUGACCCUGACCAGUCUGAGUUCAUCAGGUCAGACAUCAAUGCAUUCAGUUCAUUGCAUUAUAGUAAACCAGAUAACAUCACGGCCAAAAUGGAGGCGAAAGAAACCCACACCUAUUUAGGCGAGGUGCUGGCUAACGGAGUAGAACACCUGUUUAGGAGAGGUGCUAGCUAACGGAGUAGAACACCUGUUUAGGCGAGGUGCUGGCUAACGGAGUAGAACACCUGUUUAGGAGAGGUGCUGGCUAACGGAGUAGAACACCUGUUUAGGAGAGGUGCUGGGUAGCAGAGUAGAACACCUGUUUAGGCGAGGUGCUGGCUAACGGAGUAGAACACCUGUUUAGGAGAGGUGCUGGCUAACGGAGUAGAACAUCUGAUAAAGAAAAGGAGAGUCGCUCACUCUAGGAGCUCAGAUGCAAUAAUCUAAUAACCAACGUUUCGACAGAAAAGCUGUCUUCAUCAGGGUAUAAUGACAAACACUGCGGGUCACUAGUUUAUAUAGUGUCAAAGGACACACACAGGUGUCUGUAAUCAUGGCCGGGUGUGGCCUGAUAUCAUUGGUUAAUUCACAGAUAAACAGAACAUACAAAAAACAUGAAUAGAUAACAUACGAUCAUAGAUACAACUUGGCUACAUAGGCCCACAAACAUUUACAAUGAAUAGCAAAAUCACAAGAAUUGCUUCAAAUCAAAGUCUACGUUGAGACCGAAGGGAGCAAGGGUCUUUAAAUGAAAGAUCCAGGCAGCCUCUCGUUUUAACAAUAAGUUGUCGAGGUCACCCCCUCUCCUAGGGAGGGUGACAUGUUCGAUGCCGAUAUAACGUAGGGACGAAAUCGAGUGGUUCGCUUCCAAAAGGUGGGCAGCAACUGGGUAUGUCGAGUUUUUGCACCUAAUGGUGCUACGAUGCUCCGAGAUUUGUACUUUUAAUUCGCGCUUUGUUUUACCCACAUAAAUAACUGCCUUAGUGGAGCACGUAAUAACACCUUUGUUUGGGGGUGUUUGAAGGAUAUACAUUUGUAAGUGCCAUUGCAUUGAGCGCAGCCAUUACACUUGUAGUUUCCAUCUGGUAGAGGCGCAAAUAGACGUUGUGCAGGGAUAUUUAGGGGUGGUAAAUCAGAGUUUACCAAUUGAUCUCUGAGAUUUCUGCCCCGCGAGAAUACAACCAAGGGAGGGUCCGAAAAUACAUUACUGAUACUGUCAUCGGAUCUUAGAAUGUGCCAAUGUUUGUGAACGAUUCCCUUAAUUUGUUCAGAGCACUUUGAAUAGCGUGCAGUUAGAACGCAAGAAUGCUUCUUUUUGCGAGACUGUCCUUGAAAGAGAUCAGGUCUCGAUUUGUUUUGAAUUUUCUCAAUGGCAGUAUUAAUCUGACCAUUCUGUGGAAACGUUCGUUAAUAGGUUAUUAAAUGAUUGCAUCUGAGCUCCUAGAGUGUGCAGCUCUCCUUUUCUUUAUCAAACAUCACGGACAAUACCAUUUUCUGACACCUUAAAGAAGCUUUUAUCCCAUAAUCAUGUGUAUUCCAUGUCGCUUAUAUGCAUAUAUUGCAUAACAUUAUAUCGCCCUUUUGAUAUAUUUAUGCAUCUUGUCACCGAAAAGGGUUGUUACAGAAUGGCUAUAGUGAGGUACAGUGGGGAGAACAAGGAUUUGAUACACUGCCGAUUUUGCAGGUUUUCCUACUUACAAAGCAUGUAGAGGUCUGUAAUUUUUAUCAUAGGUACACUUCAACUGUGAGAGACGGAAUCUAAAACAAAAAUCCAGAAAAUCACAAUGUAUGAUUUUUAAGUAAUUAAUGUGCAUUUUAUUGCAUGACAUAAGUAUUUGAUCACCUACCAACCAGUAAGAAUUCCGGCUCUCACAGACCUGUUAGUUUUUCUUUAAGAAGCCCUCCUGUUCUCCACUCAUUACCUGUAUUAACUGCACCUGUUUGAACUCGUUACCUGUAUAAAAGACACCUGUCCACACACUCAAUCAAACAGACUCCAACCUCUCCACAAUGGCCAAGACCAGAGAGCUGUGUAAGGACAUCAGGGAUAAAAUUGUAGACCUGCACAAGGCUGGGAUGGGCUACAGGACAAUAGGCAAGCAGCUUGGUGAGAAGGCAACAACUGUUGGCGCAAUUAUUAGAAAAUGGAAGAAGUUCAAGAUGACGGUCAAUCACCCUCGGUCUGGGGCUCCAUGCAAGAUCUCACCUCGUGGGGCAUCAAUGAUCAUGAGGAAGGUGAGGGAUCAGCCCAGAACUACACGGCAGGACCUGGUCAAUGACCUGAAGAGAGCUGGAACCACAGUCUCAAAGAAAACCAUUAGUAACACACUACGCCGUCAUGGAUUAAAAUCCUGCAGCGCACGCAAGGUCCCCCUGCUCAAGCCAGCGCAUGUCCAGGCCCGUCUGAUGUUUGCCAAUGACCAUCUGGAUGAUCCAGAGGAGGAAUGGGAGAAGGUCAUGUGGUCUGAUGAGACAAAAAUAUAGCUUUUUGGUCUAAACUCCACUCGCCGUGUUUGGAGGAAGAAGAAGGAUGAGUACAACCCCAAGAACACCAUCCCAACCGUAAAGCAUGGAGGUGGAAACAUCAUUCUUUGGGGAUGCUUUUCUGCAAAGGGGACCGGACGACUGCACCGUAUUGAGGGGAGGAUGGAUGGGGCCAUGUAUUGCGAGAUCUUGGCCAACAACCUCCUUCCCUCAGUAAGAGCAUUGAAGAUGGGUCGUGGCUGGGUCUUCCAGCAUGACAACGACCCGAAACACACAGCCAGGGCAACUAAGGAGUGGCUCCGUAAGAAGCAUCUCAAGGUCCUGGAGUAGCCUAGCCAGUCUCCAGAUCUGAACCCAAUAGAAAAUCUUUGGAGGGAGCUGAAAGUCCGUAUUGUCCAGCGACAGCCCCGAAGCCUGAAGGAUCUGGAGAAGGUCUGUAUGGAGGAGUGGGCCAAAAUCCCUGCUGCAGUGUGUGCAAACCUGGUCAAGACCUACAGGAAACGUAUGAUCUCUGUAAUUGCAAACAAAGGUUUCUGUACCAAAUAUUAAGUUCUGCUUUUCUGAUGUAUCAAAUACUUAUGUCAUGCAAUAAAAUGCACAUUCAUUACUUAAAAAUCAUACAAUGUGAUUUUCUGGAUUUUUGUUUUAGAUUCCGUCGCUCACAGUUGAAGUGUACCUAUGAUAAAAAUUACAGACCUCUACAUGCUUUGUAAGUAGGAAAACCUGCUAAAUCGGCAGUGUAUCAAAUACUUGUUCUCCCCACUGUAUGUGAGUUGGGAUUCCUGAUUGUUUAUGACAUGUCUGCAGUGAGAACUUCCUGGUGCGCUGGGACAGCAUGGGCAUGCCCAAAGAGAUUGAGAAACUCAACAACCUGCCUGCCCUCUUCACGGUAACAGAGAUUAAACCCUCCUUUCCACUUUCUGUCUUUUUUCUCUGUUGUAAAUGUAAAAACUAGUAGCCAUCUGGCCUAACAGAUGGACAGGCAGUGACAGUCCUUGGUUGGGGCAUGCUAUGCCAUGCGAUUUAUUUCCUCAAACAGGCUCUUAAUCUGAACUGCUCACAUUAAGCUUUGAAUAAGCAGAAUUGCAUAAGAUAUUCAAUAUUUUCUGCCAAGCAACUUUAAUUGUACUUGCAUUAUGUAGUCCUUAUCUUUGCAUUGAAAUUCUCUCCUUCACUCUGGCUAGGAUCUGAGCAGCAGUGACCUGAUUAGGCCACGUCUGUUCCUCGUCUGUCAGAUUAUCAGGGUGGGCAGCAUGGAGCUCAAGGAGGGCAAGAAACACACGGGAGGGUUAAGGAGACCGUUUGGUGUGGCUGGUGAGAUGUCUUUUAAUGCUUCACUAUAUUUGUUUGUGCACGUUCACACAUUCAAUUCAAUGGAAUUCAAUAAAUCUGAGAUUAGAACACUACCCCAUACUCAGAGUUUGAGUGAAUGGGUACAUUGAGAGCCUAAAUAACAAGUUACAGUAGGAAUCCCUGUCCUGGAUAAAAGCCAGACACACCAUAAGCACACCUGCACCUGCUUACCAUCCUGACUCAUAAAACACAUCCACAUUGUCUGCCUCGCCAAAGAAGUCAGGGGAAAUGGUUUUAACAGUCCUCUUUCUUUUGAGUGGAGGAUUACAUUUCUGUGUUGGAUGAGAAAUGGUUUCCUCAGGUGUCACAACAAAUGCACUGAACCCAGCUAUUAUUAUGAGAGGAAGAGGAAUGCCUACUGAACCAUCUUUUGCAACACAAAGCUCAAUGUCACACAGACAGGCCUGCUGGAAUCCUACCUAUGCUGUUUUUGUGGCUGUCUCUUGUUCUUAUUGGCACUCUGGUACAUUGCAACAGGUGUAUGAGGGCCCUAUAACUAGUUUUCAAACACAAACAACAUUGUGGUUCUGCUCUGUAGUUUACUUAAUCAGAGUGAAGACCUCUGCUGUAAAAUGGCUCGAGUUGGGAAAUCAAAUACCAAAGAUCUUAAAGUGAGGCCAUACUAGCAGCAGCAGUGGCAAUAACUGGAUAAUUGAAUUGAUAGCAGCUUAUUAUAUUAGCCACCUAUCACCACCACAUUCACAACGUCAUUGUCUCUGUUCACAGUGAUGGACAUCACAGAUAUUGCCCAUGGAAAAGCAGACGAUGAGGAGAAGCAGCAUUUCAUCCCCUUUCAGCAGUAAGUGUUUUAAAAUCUCCCACAGCCUCUGCUCAUUUUCACCCUGUGUUAAUGGUCCCCACUCCCCAGUCCAUUUGAAAUCAACUUGCUCUUACACCAUUAUAGUCAAAUGAAAAAUGGCUUGAACUCUGUUAGGAUACAGCACUUCAAGAAAUGCAUUAUGCUUGCUAUUGCUAUACCAUACUGUAGAUCAAGGACAAGUCUAAGUUUGUAGUGCAGUGUUAACUAAAAUGCAACUGUUUACUAUUCCUGCUUGGUCACAUGCACUUUUAUAUUUUGUAGAUUUUCCUCCAAUAUCUCAAUAUGCUUUUCGUAGCUCUAUGAUUUGUGAUCAAUCCACUUGUCAGUCCCACUUUUACAAUCUAUUUCUCCCCCUCUCCUAUUCCUUCCCCUUUCUCCCAGGAUAGCUAUGGAGACCUACAUCCGUCAGAGGCAGCUCAUUAUUUCUCCUCUCCUCCCAUCCCGGGUCAUUGGAGAGAACGAGCCUCUCACCGCCGUCUUCAACAAAGUCAUUAACACCCGGGAGGUCAACCACAAGGGCCAGGGUAAAGAGACACUCUCACGGACAUUCUAUGGCAACAACUCACCAGGUUGCCCAAAAUAUAGUAGAGUAGAACAGAAUCUAAAAUAAAAAAGGAAUAUAACUCAGAAGGGGCUUUUGAAAUGUGGGUCUCGGUUCUAAAUAGGAGCAUUACAGGUUGUGUGUAUCAAUUCCGAACAUUCUGUUAGUGCCUCUGUCUUACUAACCUUCUCUUCAUUGACGGGCCCUGUUGGGUUCUCAGGACUGUUUGUGACCCUGAAGCUGCUUCCUGGUGACCUGUCCCAGGUCAGGAAGGACUACCCUCACUUUGUGGAUCGCACCACCGCCAUCGUCAGAAAGAUGGGCUUCCCUGAGAUCAUCCUCCCAGGUGCCAUACGUUUGCAUUUUCAUCUUUGUAGCUGAAUUGUAUCUGAAACAAUGGGUUGCAUACUUUGUAGCUGCCUUUACAGCAGUGACAGUCAAUAGAUCGUUGUUUAGUAUUAACCAACUAUUUCUCCUCUAGGAUAUGUGAGGAACGAUAUCUAUGUCACCUUGCUGCAGGGGGAGUUUGACCGUGGUAAAAAGACGUCACCCAAAAAUGUUGAGGUGAUGUUGAGUGUACUAGAUGACGAUGGCAAUCUCAUGGAGGUAAGGGUGCCGUCCUAACAUUUAUAUGUGCCUCCACCUUUCUUUCUUUAACAAUUCUGACCUCAAGGAUUGCAUGCCGGUCAACUCAUGUUUGUUGGUUGACUGUAAGACAACAAUGUAGUUCAAGGUUUAUUACACAAUGACCCAAAUUAAUUUUUACAUGUAAUGUAUUAAAUGGGUGUUCCAAUCUUCAAAAAAAGUAUCCUAUGUUUGACUGAAGCUCAUUCUGUCCCCUUGAAUAGAAAGCAAUAUUUCCUGGAGCUGGAUAUGAUGGGAUCACAGAAUACAAGUCUGUAAUUUACUACCAAGUCAAGCAGCCGAGCUGGAAUGAAACAGUCAAGGUACAGCUCACUUUCCAGCAUCCCAGGUGUUUCUAUCAGGCCUCUCCUCAUGGUGGCUCAAGUUCAGCAAUUACUUUCCCAAAUCAAUUUGGCUCUAUAAAAUUUAAACCUUUAGAGGAGCUAUUGGCAAGGAUUGUUUCACUCAUACAAAAUGCUAGACAGACACCAGACAGGACUUUCUCUGUCUAUAAUCUUGUCAUGAUACUCUCCUCACUCCUCUCUCCUCUCCUCUCCUCACUCCUCUCCUCACUCUCCUCUCCUCUCCUCACUCCUCUCUCCUCUCCUCACUCCUCUCUCCUCAAACCUCUCUCCUCUCCUCUCCUCAUCCCUUUAUUCUCCCCCUCCAAGGUGACUAUUCCUAUUGAAGAUGUGGGCCGCUGUCAUCUCAGGGUGAUGUUUCGACACAGAUCAUCUCAGGACUGUGAGUGCCUCACAUUUCUAAAACACUCGACACCCAGGCAGCCUGCCCUAACCCUCUGGGAGCUGGUCAGCAUGAGUAUGAAUGUGUUCUUCAGAGUUGGUUGAUUGGGUCCUCACUGGCACUGCUGUUUCUCCUUUAGCUAGAGACAAAUCAGAGAAGCCAUUUGGCAUGGCGUUCGUCCGCCUGAUGAAAGGAGACGGAACCACGCUGAGAGACGGCAGACAUGACCUCAUCGUCUACAAGGUGGGACCAGCACACCACUCUGCUACUGUCACUAGGGUUGCAAAGGGAGGGUUUAUUACUGGAAACUUUUGAAGUUUACAAGUAAGCUACCAGAAUUUUGGUAUCUUUCAAGGAAUUUAUGUAAUCUAUCACAAUACACCUAGUUGCCCUUUUGGCUACUUCAGAUUAUCACAGGUGUCUGUAAUUAUCUCUGGCCCUCUGUGUGGCCUUAUCAAUGUAAAAUAUAUGAAAUAAUGAAAUAAGAUGAUAUAAAAAUAUAACAACAAAGCUGUAAAACAUUAGCCUAAAUUUAAACCAUCAACUUCGUGAAUACCAUUGGUGUUUAAUAUGAGGGUUUCCGCAUGAAAAAUUAAGAGCGUUGUGCCAGUAACCGAAAGGUUGAUGGUUCGAAUCCUGGAGCCGGCAACGUGGAAAAAUCUGCCGUUCUGCCCUUGAGCAAGGCAGUUAACCCCCAACAACAACUGCUCCCCAGGCACCGAUGACGUGGACGUCGAUUAAGGCAGCCCCCGGCACCUCUCUGAUUCAGAGGGGUUGGACUGAAUGCGGAAGCCACAUUUCAGUUGAAUGCAUUGUUGUGCAACUGACUAGGUAUCCCCUUUCCCUAUCUACUAGAAACUUGUGGACAAUAUAGACACAAAUAAAUGAAUACUAUAUAUGAAUACAUAAAAAAAAAAAAAAAGUUAUUCCGAUAUAAAUAUAUAUAAAGUUAUGAUAGAUUGCUAUAGAGUUUCUGUUAAUUACCAAAAUUACUAAAGAUUUGGUUAACUUUGGUAAAUUACCGGUAGCUUUGCAACCCAAGCUUUCACAAACCCUGUAUGAUGUAGACAUCUUGGUGGAAACAGAGGGUUCUGAUACAUUUGUCUACAGAUCUUUCUUUCCCCAUAGGAAUUAUUUUUCAUGAUCUAUGAAAUAGUGAAGUAAUUAUUUUUGAUAUUUUAUAUAAAAUAAAAAGCUCCCUGGUCAAUGAAUAUCAAAUUACAUAUCGAUGAAUAUGUUUAAGUAUUUAUAUAUAUUUUUUCUCUUAGGUUGACGUGAAGAAGACUGAGGAUGCAAAGACAUACCUGACUCUGCCAGGCUCCUGGGCUGAAGUGGAGGAGAAGGAGAGGCAGACAGGGAAAACCUUUCAGCAUUCAGGAGUCAUCCCACUCACCAAGGACAGCUUCCAGAUUGGCACUCUCACCUGCUCCACUAAACUCACCCAGAAUGGUACUGUAGUAGGACACAAUCAUCUCUAACAAUGUAUUAAGAAUCAAACCGUCGCUAACAAAUAAAAUCGAACCAAACGCUUUCUGCACUUCGGCUCGUAAUACUAAUCAGAGUGGUGUUGACGUACUCAUCCAAGUUUAUAUGAAAUCCAAGGGUCAGUAAAAGUUAGAUGCUGCUGUUCCUCUGCUGUUUUCCAGUGGAUCUCCUGGGCCUGUUGAACUGGAGGUCCAACCCUGAAGAGCUGGACCAGAACCUGCAGCGCCUGAUGGAGGUCGAGGGAGGGGAGAUUGUCAAGGUGAGUCUGACUGCUGCAGAGUUAGCAUUCUUAACUGGCUUUACAUACAAGGACACCCUAGCCUAAUGCAUUUGUCUUUUGUGGUCUUAGUUUCUACAGGACACACUUGAUGCCCUCUUCAGCAUCAUGAUGGAGACUUCAGAGGAGGAUACUUAUGACACGCUGCUGUUUAAUGCUCUGGUGAGUUCUGGAGUGGUGGGUUAAUUACUUGCAUUAAGCUAUCAGGAUUAAUGGCAUCUGUCAUUAAUAUACCAAAAGACAAUUGUGUAUAUAAGAAAUGAUUCAUGAUACAACAUUUUCUAGCAGGAUUCUAUAUUACACUGGUUCUUGACUGUGCUCUGCAUUUCUUCUAGGUGUUCAUAAUCACACUGAUUGGAGACAUCAAGUUCCAGCACUUUAACCCAGUACUGGAGACAUACAUCAACAAGCACUUCAGUGCCACUCUGGCUUACAUGUGAGUCUAGCUCCCUCCUUUCUCAUAUUUUCCUCUCUUUGACACCUCUCCACCCAUUCAGAAUUAAUUUAUAUGUCAUUACUGGUAUGCCUGAGUUCCCCAUUCCAUUACUUUUUCAGGAAGCUGACGAAGGUUCUGAAUUACUAUGUGGGCCAUGCAGAUGAGCCUGUCCUAACCGAGAGACUGUACUCAGCCCUCAAAGCCCUCAAGUACCUGUUCAGGUUCAUUGUGCAGUCCCGGGUCCUCUACCUCAGGUAUCAUAGCCGUGACCUUCCUUCCUCAUACUAAUACAUUUGGGAGACAAUAUUAGUUUGUUUGUGAAAUGAGCAAUGUCCUUCAUUUGUUUACUCAGAUUCUAUGGGACCAGUGAGGAUGCUUUCUUCAACUCCAUACGGACACUCUUCCUCUCCUUCAACACACUCAUGGACAGACCGCUGGAUGAGGGAGUGAAGAUAAAGGUGAGUUGGUUUAGGGGAGAGAAACUGGGAUGGACACUUACAUGGUACUUCAUCUUCUUUAAUGCACACUCUGUUAACAUGGCAUAGCCUGGUAAUGCAACAUUUGUACAAACUAGCUUACCCUUUCUAUGUUUAUGGAAGCCUUGUGCUGGCUUCAUGAAAGAUAGUUGAAGUAAAGGUUUACUUGAUAAACUGCAGAAGAACGUUCAUUAAAACACUUUCUAGCUGACUAGCGCUGUAAAACACAAAAGCCUUAUCCAGUAUUUCCCUCAUGUUCUUUUUUAAAGACUUUUGAGACCUUCUUGUCUUUUUCAGGGGGCGAUACUGAAAUACCUACCCACCAUCAUUAAUGACAUCAAGAAUGUCUUUGAUCCUGUGGAGCUCAGGUAACUCCUUGUAAUGACGUUUCAACUGUCGAAUCUGCAGAAAUGAUACUAUUUCCUGUAUAGAAAAAUGUCCUUGUCUCUUUCUCUAUUUUGUCCUGUCUCUCUCUCGCUAGUGUUCUUUUGACCAAGUUCAUCGAGAGCAUCCCUGACUCUCAGCUGGUGCGCCAGAAGCUUGGUUGCAUGUGUAAGAUGGUGGAGAGUGACCUUUUCAAACAGUCAGGUACUGUAGCGCCUCUCUGGCUCAAACAUAACUUUAUAAGAAUCUCUAUUUAAAAACAGAACCACAGGAUGACACAUUUUAAUCGUCUCUAUUCCUCUUUGACCCCACAGAGUGUCGAGAUGUCCUUUUGCCGCUGGUGACAGACCAGCUGAGUGGGCAGCUGGAUGACCACUCCAAUAAGCCAGACCACGAGGCCUGUGUUCAGCUGCUCAGCACUGUGCUGGACAACCUGGACCGCAAGGAUGUGGUGAGUAGCUAAUGGCUACAGCACACAUCUAUCUCUGCCAUUGGAAACACUGAAAUCAGUGACAUCCCUGACUCUAACUGGAUUGGUUUUGAUACAUUCAUUUUUGAUCUGACCUGUUUGUCUGUGUCCCAAGGGUCCAACCCGGGGCCAUGUCCAGCUGAUUAUGGAGCGGCUGCUUCGCAGGGUCAAUCGCACUGUCAUCAGCAUGAGCAGAACCUCCACUCUCAUUGUAAGUCACAUACUCAGUACUCUGAAAGUUCUUCAUCUAACUCAAAAUAAGAAGUCAGUUAUUUUCAAUUGUUCAGUUGGUAAUUAUUUAUUCUAAGUUUCCAUGUACAAGGCACAGUGCUGAAAAGCUGCUUCUAUGCAUCCUAUAAAUAACUUAGCACUUAUAAGCAUACAACAAUGAAUGAUAGCUUAUAAUUAGCUUAUAAGCAUAAAACAUGUUAUAUGUAGGAACCUAAAGUAGUUUUACAACUAAGGUGACUGAUGCUCUGUCUUCUCAAUGGCAGGGUCAUUACCUAGCCUGCAUGACUGCCAUCUUGAAGCAAAUGGAUGACAUGCACUACACCCACUACAUCAGCACCUUCAAGACCAGACAAGACAUCAUUGUAAGUGGGCCGGCCCACCUCCCCUGCCCUGGGCAUGGCUCUUCCUGAAUCAUCCAGUUGAUAGCUGGCAUUCAACCGCUGGUGCUUGUAACUGCUCCUGAAGUGAUUAUUGAUUAUAGACAUUUGAUGGGACUGACUUGGAACAACGUGAGGCUCUCCCUGUCCUUGCUUCUUUACUGAGCUGUGUGGGUCUAAUAUGAGAAAUGCUAGGGGACUGCUGUGCAUAGUUCAGCAUGUUACUAAUCGAUCGACUUGGUCAGAAACAAAACCCCCACAUGUUUGUGCAGACAUGAAGAUGCAUACAUCUAGGUACUUUCAGUACAGGCAAGGUAACUGUUCUCUCCCUGGCCCACUACAGGACUUCCUGAUGGAGACAUUCAUCAUGUUUAAGGACCUGAUGGGGAACGUUUUCCCCUCUGACUGGAUGACCAUGAACCUCCUGCAGAUUGGGGUGUUUCUGCGGGCCAUCAACCAGUACUCUGAGGUCCUCAACAUGUACUUCAUGGACCAGACCCACUUUGAGCUGCAGGUGGGUAUCCAGUCACUGCCUCCUGAUGGGGUGGACAAAAGACAUCCAUGUCUCUCUGCUAAUGUAAACUUCUUUAGCUCAAUCAUUGUCCCAAUGUCUGUGUAAAAAAUGAUCAUAUUUUAUUUUCAGCUCUGGAACAACUACUUCCACUUGACUGUUGCAUUUCUUACCCACAAGUCAUUGCAACUGGAAUCCUUCUCUCAAGAAAAACGGAAUAAAAUAGUGAACAAGUAUGUCCUUUUCUUCUUUGGUUCAAUUAGUUUAAUAUACGGAUUCCCUUAAACUAAUAAUACUAAAUAAAGAUUUGCACAGAGAACUGAAUUUUAUGUAUAAGAAAUUAUGCUGUAAGUAAGUUUGUGUGCAUUUGCUCUACUGUAUGUAGUAUAAUUAUAUGUUGUGGUUACAGGUAUGGAGACAUGAGGAAGAGCAUUGGCUUUAAGAUCAGAGAUAUGUGGUAUAAUCUUGGUAAGUACCGUCCGGUGGUUGUUAUCUCUGUGAGACAGAAGUUCAACAAAUGGAGACAUCUAUAUAAUGGCCUGUUCAGUGGCAAAAGGCUUUGAGGACAAUGUUGUUUUAUUGCCUAGUUUCAUGGUGGCCUGCUUUUUGUUAACCAUUUCAUGAGUUUACUGUCCUGUUUGCAUGAACAUGGAGGGCCACUUAUUGCCCUUUCAAAUGAGCUUGUGUGACAUUUGCUUCUGACUUUAUCCUGUGUGCAUCCCUCAGGCCCCCACAAGAUGAAGUUCAUCCCUGCCAUGGUGGGGCCCAUCCUGAAGGCUACCCUGGUGCCUGAGCCAGAGCUGAGGAAAGCCACCCUCCCCAUCUUCUUUGACAUGAUGCAGUGUGAGCACAACUUCACUCCCAGCCGCACCUUUAACAUGGUGAGAUAGCUGCCCACAGUAGUCCUUCCUGUCUGGCUUUACAGUAUUACUGUACAAACAGAGUUUCCCAGCUGUAUUUGGCUGAGCAGAUUGUUUUUGUCUUUCUGUAUCUGUAGUUUGAGAAUGAACUGAUCACCAAGUUGGAUCAGGAGGUGGAGGGAGGCCGUGGGGAUGAACAGUACAAAAUCCUGCUGGAGAAAACGUAAGCACCCUGCCAAUAACCCUGCCAAUCAGUCAGAGGCUAAUGCCUUUUUCUUAUUAGUCAUACCUCAUGGUUUCAUAGUCAAGACCUAAAUAAGGACUAUAUAACUCCCUCAUUCAUUGACAUUUUGUAUUGUUGGUAUUGUGUAGGCUACUGGAGCACUGCCGGAGGCAUAGAUACCUGUCUCAGUCAGGGGAGGAGCUGGCUCUGCUGCUCAGCAGUCUGCUGGAGAAGCUACUGGCCUACCGCACCAUCACACAUGACGAGAGCCCUGAGCUCCGCAUGAGCUGCACCGUCAACGUCCUGGUACGCCCUUACAGUACAUCACUAAGAGGCAGGGGAGCGCCUACCAGGUGCUAACUAACACCUCGGACUGGUUUAUGUGGAACUCACACUCUAAUCAGAACGAUUGAGCCACACUCGCCACCUCAGAAGAAUAUUAUAUGAAGAUGUUAUGUUUCUACAUUGAACCAAUUGAUUUUAACCUACAAAAUAUUAUCAAACAUUUGUACAAAAGCUGAGUUUUUCCACUGUUUUUAUUCUGGUUGUGACAGAACUUCUACAAGGAGAAGAAGCGGGAAGACAUUUACAUUCGGUGAGACGGAUGAUUUAAUGAAUACUCUUCUUUGGAUCCCAUUUUGUUAGCUAUCAAUCUGAAACAGGAAAAAGUAUCCGCACACUUCCAGUCAGCUGCAAAUGUAUUUUAAUUAUAGCUGAGCUUUCGGUCAGCCGACCUUCAUCAGAGCAAGGUCGACUGACCGAAAGCUCAGCUAUAAUUAAAAUAAAUGUACAUCUGACUGGCAGUGUACAGAGACUUUUUCUCCAGUUUUGCCUUUUGCCUCCAGCACCUUCACAAAUCAGCUUUGGGUGUGCGGUAGAUUCUGUCUAUUAUCUGUUAGAUAUCACUCUAAAAUACUGACCUUGUCCUCAGGUAUCUGUACAAGCUAAGGGAUUUACACCUUGUCUGUGAGAACUACACGGAGGCAGCCUACACCCUGUUACUUCACGCUGAACUCCUCGAGGUCUCACUCAGAUUAACAUUCAAUUCGACUUUCAAUGAAAACAGCAGUCUUUGGCUUAUUUCCCUAAAAUUCCAGUUAACUUACUAUAACAUUCAUUACUAGAAAACUAAAUGCGCUUUGUGUAUUGUGUAAAUUGCCCUUCUCAGUGGUCUGACAAGCCCUGUGCCCCACAUCUGAUCCCCGGUCAUGGCAAACAUGUCUGGACCCAGCAGGAGCUCAAAGAGAGACUCUUCCAGGAGAUCAUCUGUAACCUGGACAAGGGCAAAGUGAGUUCUCACCCAGUCACCCUAUUAGGAAGCAUGCUCUACGGAUGUUGUCAAGUAUAUUGGCACCAUUGCACUUUACAAUGGAGUGCAAUGGAGCAGAAUGUUCUGUUUUCUCUUUUCAAAACUAGUUGAAUGGCUAUUUUUACCCUGUAGGCACCUGCAACUUACCACAAGUAGAUAAUUGUGGGACUUAUUAUUAAAUGUUUUGGUUCUGUGCAGUUGUAAAUCAAACAAAUACACGUAUGAACACCAAACGUUUCUAUAUUUCACAGCAUAUGUAGUGUCAGAGAUCCUAUGCUACUUACCCCUCAACAUGCCAUAUGAGCUACUGUCAGAAAUAUUUGUGUCAGUUUCAUUUGCUACAAAAGAAGCUGAGGGCCAUAUUCAAUCAAACAUGGUUACCAGGUUUCUGGGUUAGGCUAAACAUUUCUCCUGUUCACCGCAGUACAUCAACCAUGAAACCUGCUGUCUGAGUUUGAUUGAAUAGAGGUGUUAGUGACGGACAGAUGGUGAUGUCUAGACCAUGUUCACAUCUCGUGUCUUUUUUUACCAACUGCUGCAUUUAUCUGUUCAGAUGUGGGAGAAAGCCAUUGAGAUGGGUAAACAGCUGGCAAAGAUGCACGAGAACCAGAUGUUUGACUUCAUGGAGCUUAGCCAGCUGCUGGUAAGAGGACUUAUCAUUUGCUAUCGUGUUUUAGUCUGAGAUUUAAUCAAAAUAUUGUCACUACUAAAUAGAAAUUGUCCCUAAAACAUGCAAACAGUAAAACCAAAAAUGAUUAUCCUCUUAGUUUCUACAUGUAAAAAAAUAAUGCUUAUGAAGGCUCCACAUACAAUGCCAGAAAGGGAUUGUCAAUGUGUAGUCCUGUGUAGCUCAGUUGGUAGAGCAUGGCGUUUGCAACGCCAGGGGUUGUGGGUUCGUUUCCCACGGGGGACCAGUAUGAAAAAAAGAAAUGUAUGCACUCACUAACUGUAAGUCGCUCUGGAUAAGAGCGUCUGCUAAAUGACUAAAAUGUAAAUGUCAAUAGCCCACUGCCAAUUUAGUGUGAGGCCUUUUCAAUAGGAUCAGGUCCACUGCUGUAUUAACAUGCUUUUCAGUGCCCACAAAGUCUAGGAGUUAAUUAGAUACAAUGCCAAUAAAUUGUUCAAGAUACAUUGUCAAGGGCUAGGACAACCAGACAACCAUGUCUUGUCUAAGACAGAAAGUCAUUUCAGCUAGCCCAAUCCAAAUGACAGUGAUAGUUGAAGAAAAAAACAACCCAUUACUGCAGAAACAGAGUUGCUGCCACACUUGUGUCCAACCUUUUACCCAAUUGUCCCACCCAUGCACUGCCGGUUGACAUACUGGAAUCUGCCAUUAGGAAGUAACACUCAGUUAAUUAUGAUGUGAUACUCUAUUUUAAGUCAUGUUUUUGUAAAUACUGUGUCAUCAUGGUAUUCAACAGUCCUUAUCUGCAAUGGAGUGGUACAAAAACAGUGUUUUGCUACACUGCUAUGAAUCUAUGUUCAUUAUGGAUCCUCAAAUUUCACACUUAACCAAGUUAAGUGCACACGGAACUGGUUAGAUACUACAGUAUUUUAGGUGUUUCCUGUUGUUUGUUAUCUGUGUUCCUGAUUGUGGCUUUGUUAAUUUAGCUCAUUGUUACUACAGCCUCUAUACUCUCCCUACUGUUGUCCACAGAAACAGCAAGCCCAGUUCUAUGAGAAUAUAAUGCAUGCCAUGCGACCUCAGCCAGAAUACUUUGCUGUGGGAUACUAUGGCCUUGGAUUCCCCACUUUCCUCAGGGUAAGAUUAUUACAUAUUUUCAGAAAUCCAGCCUCCAUAGCACAUUUCAAGGUCUGUCUCAUACACCUGAGAUAUUUGUAUUCAUGUGCCGUUUAUUCAUUUUACUUAUGGAACUCUCAAUAAAAUUAAAUGACGAUGUACAAUGCAGGCUAUACUAGUUACCAGGUCCAUAAAGCAGUGGGGGAUUCUAUGGAUUGAAUACCUUCCAUGAUCUUGUCAGUUUCAGGUCAGAAUAGCCUUAAUUUGGCAGAAGCACAUCUAUUUCUACAGUGCAGGGGCACAUUCCUGUCUACCACAGUCCAUCUUAAAUUUAAGCUUUGACAUCUUCUGUAGCAUGUCAUUCUAUAACAACGUUCUAAUUAAAUCAUAUCAUUCAUAUUUGAUUGGCUACCAUAUAUAGUGGCUCACCCUAUCUUUGAAUGGAUUUGCUCAUACAGAACAAAGUGUUCAUCUACCGUGGUAAGGAGUAUGAGUGGCUGGAGGACUUCAGUCUGAAGCUGCUGUCUCAGUUCCCCAAUGCAGCCAGGAUGACCAGCACCGCGCCCCCUGGGGACAACAUCUGUAACUCCCAAGGACAGCGUAUCCUUCAUCUCUGUUGAAGCAUGCCCUCAUGCUCCCAGCUAUGAAUGCUAUUUAAAUGUUAAUUGGUGUUAAUGCUUCUAGUCAGAACAUUAUUCAUUUGAUGUAUUUCCCAUUUAUGGGCAAGUCUUAUUAGACCUUUCUCAAGGACAGUUUUGAGCCAGUAAUCCACUGGCCCCCGUCUCCGUUUCCCCCUACAGCACUAAAAAUGUUUUUGUUUUUUGAAUAAUACACAGUCUUGUCCUUACCUGCUCUUUACAGACAUCCAGUGUUUUACAGUCAAGCCAGUCCUUACUGUGCCCACCCAGUUCAAAGACAAGGGGGUUCCUGAGCAGAUCUUGAAGUAAGGAACACAACAGCUUGUGGUUGAAUAUAUUUUCUUAGUUCUUACUCAUGCAACUCCUUUGUCCCUCUUCCUCUCCUAGCUACUACAGAACCAAUGAAGUGGACCAGUUCCAGUAUUCCAGACCCUUCAGGAAAGGUGCAAAGGACCCCGACAAUGAAUUUGCAGUGAGUACCUCGCACACAGCUCAGACAGACUCACCAUGCUGCAGAGCCCUAUCAAAGCCAAAUCCCUCCAUUUGCAUGCACACACUCCUGUCUUUGAACAUCUCUAAACUCAGGAAUGUAACCCUUUGUGAUUAGAUGUUGAAUAAAAGAGGUUGUUGCUCAACAUUUGUGUUGACCAUUCAUUCAUAUUUUCCGCCUCAUGUUACAGACCAUGUGGAUCGAGAGGACGACUUACAUCACAACCUAUCACUUCCCAGGGAUUCUCAAAUGGUUCGAAGUGAAGUCCAUCUCUGUUGUAAGUUCUCUCAGUAAUGAUGAUGACAAUCACAAUAAGACAAACGUACUGGUGUUAAUGUGCUGUAUGUUGAAUCUAAACACGGUUAAGUACUCCGCUACCACCCAUAGCAAAUAGUUCCUACUCACCCAAUUUGGUCUUUUACACUUUGAUGUCUCCUCACCUCUCCUGGUUUUCCUAUUGGUCAGGAGGAGAUCAGCCCUCUGCAGAAUGCUGUGGAGACCAUGGAGAUGGCCAAUGAGAAGCUCAGUAACCUGGUGCAGCAGCAGGCAUGUGACAGCUCCACGUCCGUCCACCCACUCUCCAUGAUGCUCAAUGGCAUUGUUGACCCUGCCGUCAUGGGUGGCUACUCCAACUACGAGAAGGUUUGACUUGACUAUUACUUCCUAGGAGCUUGAAUCCUAUACAAUUUUGUCUCGCAUUUCAGUGAAGAUUUGUAACCUGAUAUUCUUAUUUCCUAGGUCACUCUGUUAUUUUAGCUAGUAUUUAAUGUGCAUAUGACAACAUCUUCAUGUCUCAAAAUGGUAAACUUGUUUCCACCCCCUUUCUCUCUCUUCAGGCAUUCUUCACGGACACCUACAUGCAUGAACACCCAGACGACCUUGAGAGCAUUGAGGUCCUCAAACAUCUUAUUGCCCUCCAGGUAAAUCCUCAUUCUCUCCUUGCUAUUGAACCUGUACUUAGACAUAAAGUACCUGCUGUAAGAACAGAGGCUCCCUCCUCCUCAUACCCUCAGAUCCCUCUCCUGGCUGAUGGGAUCCGGAUCCACGGAGAGAAAUCCACUGAGCAGCUGAAGCCCUUACACAACCGCCUGCUCACCUGUUUCUCUGACCUGCGGGAGAGAGUAGAGAAGCAUUAUGGCGUCAUAACCCUGGUCAGUUGCCAAUAGCAAACUCUUAUUUAAUUUAAGAGUGUGCCAAAUUUAGCUAUUGGCUCCUCUGCCUCCCUAUCAAACUUCCCUCAUUCAAAGCAGAGUUUACAUUAUAUUGCUGCAGGACCAUACAUCUUGCUGAAGGCACUCUAUUGCUGCUAGUGUUUUGCCUGUCAUUCCGCUCACCCCCUGCCAAGUUUCCUGAUGAUGUUUAAUCCCAUUUGUGUGUCCCAGCCGUGCUCUCUCACUGAAAGGAAGAAGAGUCGCGUGGGCUCCGUAGUGAUGCCCUACAUCCUGUCCUCCACCCUGCGCCGCAUGUCCACUGUCUCCAUCCUCUCUACCACCUCCUCAGGCCUCUCCAGCGGCUCCACCUCCUCUGACGGACCCUCCCGGCCCUCUUCCUCCCAGGAGUCAGUCCCUCACCUCCUCCAUCCUCCCUCCUCCUCCCAGGAGUGUCCCUCAACUCCAUCCUCCCUCCUCCUCCUCCUCCCAGGAGUCAGUCCCUAACCCUCCCUCCUCCCCAGAGUCAGUCCCUCACCUCCCUCCUUCCUUCCUUCAUCCUCCCUCCUCUUCCUAGGAGUCAGUCCCCCUCCUCCCUCCCUCCUCCCUCCCUGUGUUUGUCUCCCUUUUGGGCUGCUCUGGUGUAGUCUAUUUGUGUUGCUAUGUUUGUAAGGAAUAUUUGUCUGUGCUUUUCCACAUCUCACAGUGUGACAUUCUGAAGUCUUGCACAUGCCAAUAUAACCCUCUAACUGUAUACCUCCCCCCCAUUGUCUCUCUCUCUCUCGCUGUCCUGAUGACCUGAUAUCCAUCAUCAGUUCACUGUUGUCCCGUGACACUGCCAACGAUCGCCGGGCCUCGAUGUUGUCCCGCUCUGAGGAUGACAACCGGAUCGGUCGAAAGAACCGAAAAGAAUGGAGUGUGAGCAAGUCACAGGUUUUGGUGGAGAGACAGACAGACAUAGAUGAGGUAACUACAACUGUUUUUGGCUCAUGCAUUAAGGCACAAAUGGCUAAUACAUUCACAGUAAUUACUUGACUGUGAUUUCAAGGAGGGCUGUAUCUUUGUACUCUACUCCUUAGCAGACCCUUCCAGAGAAGCCGCAGAGACCCAAAAGUCUGCAGUUUGGGGACCGUCGCCUGACCCUGUCUCUGUUCCAGGGUGCCUCCUCUCAGCUCAGCCUUGGCAACCCUCUCAGCCCCCUGCCAGCCUCUCCUCACACUCCUCACAGCUCCAGUACGUAGCUUAGCUACACACAAAGCAUACAUACAAAGCAGCCUAUCCCACACAACCUUAAAGAGAUGCGUACAGCUUCACCCUGCACACAGAAAUACAGAACCCUGUUUAGGAUCCUUACUUCUUGUCCAUGUAGUUCACACACAAACUGUUGUAGCUGUCAUGCAGCCUAAAAUGUGUUUUGUCACUCGCUCUCUCUGCAGAUUAUUCAUCUCUCCCCGGUGAUAAUAAUGCCACCACUGACACUCCCGGGACACCCCCACCCAUGCCACCAAAGAAACAUCCCCACGAGAUGUUUGACAUCUCCCAAAACUCCCUUGAGGUACAUCUAGACUGAAAACAUCUCUAUUUUUAGUAAAAUGCACAUUGUGAAACAGAAUAUUUUUAACAUUAUCUUUUUUCCCCCCGGUCUCUCCGUAGUUCCACCCUCCUCUGCCUCAGAAAAUUGACAGCAAGCCCCCUCCACCUCCUCCUAAGACCAGGAAGUCUAUGUUCCCUGGCUCCUACGAGAAUAAUCCUCAGUGAGGAUCCUCCACCCGGACAGUCCCUCUCAUCUGGUUCAGACCUGCUGCCUGGGAUAAGGGCUUGGUUCAUCUUGUGGUACUGUAGCACUUUAUCUACAGUACUAUUUCAGGACCAGUACUAUUACCUGUUAUGUACUUCAAAAUUACAUGUCAACAAUUUAUAUUUCUGAUACUUACUACAAGUUAUUCCAACAAACUGGUACGUGUGAUGUGUGUGCCCUGUAAAUCUCUAAGAAACAGAAGCAUAAUUGUUUCCAUACUAAAGUAAUUGAAUGGUAUGUUGUAAAAUGAAGUGUGACAGAUUUCUGUGUAAGCCGUGGUGCGUGGGGUCACAAGUCUUUUCAUUUUUAGAGGAGAGUCCAUUUAUAGUCUAGUUUCCUGGGAAUGUGGUAUUAGAUCAAGGUGGAUUUAAUUCAUGAUUUGGGAAGUGUAUAUAGUUCUGAAAAAGCAAUAAUAACGGUGACCGUAGCAUAUUUCCCAAGGAUCUUUGAGGUGUUGUUGUAUAUAGUGUAGUAUAUAUUUUGGGAAUAUCACUGCUAGGAUAAGGAAUGACCAAAGCUUCAAUUUUGUCUUUUGUCAUUAUGUGUUGGAAUCACACUGGACUGUUAAUAAUUUCCAGUGCCUGUUUUGGGCAUUCGUCAAGAAAAGCACAGGCGGUGACUGCAUUUUCAUGUUUUAUUAUGUGAUAUAGCUAGGUGAAAACCUUUUUAUUAGAAUCACUAUUACUGAUCAAUGGCAGGGAAUGUGUGGUCUGUGAUUUUCAACAGACUUUGAUUCUAUUGUUGUUGAUUAUAUAGUCAAAAUCUAUGGUUGCGACCCUGGAUGAGUUUUUGGUUCCCUUGACCCAGUCAUAGAUCAUAGGUGGUACAUGCAUAGUAGUCCUUUUUGGGGGAAUUGAGAUUGUAAUUAAAAUAUAACUUUCCCCAAAAUAAAUGUGUGGAUGAUAAUCACAUUGAAAAACCUUGACUAACUCAUAAAUUCUGAGUAACUAUGCAUUACAUAAUUGUGUGAUGAAAGCACACUAAGAUAGUACCUCAAUGAUUUCAGAUUCAUUAGAGACAUGCACUGGAUGGAAUUCAUGUAAAUUAGAUUUUUUAAAUUGUAUAUUUUUUAUGUUUUAUAAGAACAAAAUACUGUAUGUCUUGAACUCUUGCUUUCUAUACAAAUCAGCUUGAUAUAUUUAGCAAGUUGUCAUUUUAACACGGUAUGGCACAAACUCAAUAAUCUGUUUAGAGUUGACAGGUGCAUUUCAUAGUUUCAUUUUAUUAGGCUUUUAUUGAUGAAUUGUUGUAUUACUUUAACUUAUUUCAGUGAUUUUAAAGGUUUCAAGUUAAUUGGUAUGCGCUCAUCAAGCAACUUGAGUUGAACAGAUAGAAACAUGGUCAUUUACAUUGGUCUACUUUCAACAGUGAACAUUUCAACUUAUAUCAAUAUAUACAUUCUUUUUUUUAUUAUUCGGUCUCAUAUAGUUGUUGUUUUCAAAACAAUGCAAUGCUCUCUUUCUCCUCUGAAUUGCUCAUGUGAUCUCUUUCAGAAAUUACCGUUUUGAUUUAUAUAGUGCAAGAAUGAGUCAGUAUUUUAGUUUGACCAUUUCCAGGGAUCAAAGAUAUUUUAGAAGGGAACUAACCUUGUAUGAGUUUUUCUAACAAUGAUCAGAACAGAUAUUUGUAAAGAGAUUUAAAGCUAUAUAGUAGCAUGAAGAGAUGUAAUAUAUAUAUAUUUUUUACCAAUACAACUUGUAAAUCCGACCAAACAAAAAUAAAGAAUUUAACAAACUGUUCUGUUGAAUUGUAGGAGGUAUUGUUACAGAAGGCUAGACAGCCAGCCUCUGUCCUCAGCAGAAGUUCUUAGAAUCAUUAUCCUGUACUCAUAUCUAGCCUGUAUCAUCCCUUCUCUCUUAUCAAGGACAUAAAAGGCUCUAGUUGGGACUUCAUUAUACCUUCUUUGAUGAAUAAUUAUGUGAUAAUUGAGAGGAUAAUGAAGGACCUUGACGUCUGGUGAGAUGUUUUGACAGUGAGAUUCCUUUCAUUCUGUCACACAAAACCUAAUUUCCAUUCCGGUAAAUAGUGAUGUGGAAUGUGAAAAUGUAUGUCUGCCAGUAAUUUCAUUGAGAUACCAGAGGUUCUGCAUGUUAUACUGUACAUGUUAUUCUGCUUCUGUCAUAUUCAUGCUUUAUUUUUAUGUUCUGUAUUGAGAAAGAGAACAUUCUUCAAAGCGGUAUUAAAUGUAUCAAGAUCAGAACAUUGUUUCUUUAAGUGGACUGUAGUAAAAAAC